AUAAAAAGGGUGUUUUAGUGCCAUAUUUUCCAAACCAAAAACAGAGACAAUAAACACUUAACAGAGGUGAGUUUUAGUGUUCAUCAAUGGCGGGUGAGAUUCCAGUUGUGAGAUUUAGUUCACACAAUUUGCAGAGCGGAGGGAGGAAGUGGGGUUCGACGAGGGAGAAGGUCCGGGAAGCACUUGAAGAGUAUGGAUGCUUUGUAGCGUUGUACGACAGCGUUUCAAUGGAGGCGAGUUCUUUGAAGAUGAUGGAAGCCAUGAAGGAGGUGUUCGAAGUUCCAUUGGAGAGGAAGGUUCAGAAUGUGUCUGAGAAGCCUUUCCAUGGCUACUUUGGGCAGAACCCAUUGAUGCCUAUCCAUGAAAGUAUGGGCAUUGAAGACCCUCUUCUUCCCUCCAACAUCCAAUCUUUCUCCAACCUCAUGUGGCCCUCUCGCCCAAACCCUCUGUUCUGUGAAAACCUCAAAUCCUACGCAGAAUUGGUGUCCCAAUUGGAGCAGACGGUGAAGAAGAUGGUGUUCGAGAGCUACGGCCUCAAAAGCCUCUUCCUUUCACACACCCAAUCCACUAAAUAUCUUCUCCGGAUGAUCAAAUACAGAGUCCCACAUCGGAACGAGAUGAAUUUGGGGGCUUUCCCUCACACCGACAAGAGCUUCCUCACCAUUCUUCAUCAGAAUUCAGUAAAUGGGUUACACAUUAAGACCAGAGACAACAGAUGGGUUGAAUAUCAGCCUCCUUCUGCUGAAUCUUCUGCCAAAUCAUUCAUCGUCAUGGCUGGAGAUGCCUUCUUUGCGUGGAGCAAUGGGAGGAUAUAUUCGGCGCCACACAGAGUGACGAUGAGUGGAAACAGAGAGAGAUACUCA